AAGUCUUGUUCUGACUCAUCUUACGACUAAGUAGUGCUGGCCGUCCUCCCUCUUAAACCUGCCACCUUCUUUGUUUUUUUGUUGGUGGAGAAUUUUUGUAUAUUUUGUGUAACACUACCUACCUAUUUCAAUUCUUCUCUAUAUAUAUAUUCAUCAAUCAGAUGUGAAACUGAUCACUGCCUUCUCUUUAUUUCUACAUCAUACUCCUAUAAAUUAGUUACAUCUUUAUUUUUGAUUUGGAACCCAAGAAGAGAGCACGUUGAUGCACGUCCAUGCCCACCAACUGAUAUCAUCAUCAUCCGAUCUCAUCUGAUCUAGUGUAGUGAUCGAUCUAUUAUCGGAUCAGAUUGGAUGGGUUGGUGGGAGAGGAUGAAGAUAAGUAAGGUCCUUGUAAUAGUAAUGUUAAUGGCAGUUACAGUAGAAGUGAGCAUGGGAAAGCAUAAAAAGCGGGAUUCAGCAGAAACAACAAGUAGUGAAGCAAAUUACAAUUACUGUCUAAGUUGGAGAAUGGCAGUUGAAUCAAACAACAUGCGAGGUUGGAGGACAAUUCCAACACAGUGUUGGAGGUACAUACAGAGUUACAUGGUGGGUGGUCAGUACACACGUGAUAUAAGCUUGAUUGUCGACCAAAUAUAUGCUUAUCUUGAUGAUUCUGUUUCACCCCUUGCUGAUGGCUUUGAUGCUUGGGUCUUUGAUGUCGAUGAUACUUGUCUUUCUAACCUCUUUUAUUAUCAAGCAAAACGCUUCGGGUGUGACCCCUACAAUCCAACUGAGUUUAGAUUAUGGGCGCUAAAAGGGGAGAGUCCAGCAAUUCCUGCAGUCUUACAAUUGUUCAAUAAAUUGACUCUAACAGGAUUCAAGGUGAUGUUAAUAACUGGAAGGGACGAAGAGACCCUUUUCGAUGCUACUUUUGAUAAUCUCACACAAGAAGGUUUCAUUGGCUAUGAACGUCUCAUUAUGAGGUCACCUGAAUAUAGAGGACAAGGUGCAAUGAUGUUCAAGUCAGAGAUGAGAAAGCAGCUGAUAGAGCAAGGCUACAGAAUCUGGGGAAAUGUAGGAGACCAAUGGAGUGACCUCCAAGGCAAUUUUACUGGUGAUAGAACAUUUAAGCUUCCAAAUCCCAUGUACUUUGUUCCUUAAUCUUCUUCUCUACUCCUUGUUAGGACCAAUUUUCGUGUGUGGAUCCCCUCAUCCCUACCAACAUGUAAAACUUAUAGAGCUAUGUUCUAUGGUUAAUGCCUAUUUCGUGCAUGCAUGUAAAUUUGUGAAGAAACAAGAUGAUUUCGGAACAACAAA